AUGCCUGGAGCCUACGAGGACCAGGAGGUGAUGCAGCCCUUGCUAGGGGUGUGCAGGGGUCUCAGGCUGCUGCGGUGGAGAGAGGGGUCUGGGUGCAGCCUGGGGGUGCAGGCGACGACGCUCACUUGGUUUCUCUCUCUGGGUCUUGCAGCCCCCCCCACCGUGCGGAUCGUGCAUUCGGGCCUGGCGUGCAACAUCGAGGAGGAGCGCUACUCGGAGAGGGUCUACACCAUCCGUGAGGGCGAGACGCUGGAGCUGACCUGCCUGGUCACCGGCCAUCCUCGGCCACAGAUCAGGUGGACCAAAACAGCAGGAAGUGCCUCUGACAGAUUUCAAGACUCGAGUGUCUUCAAUGAAACGCUGAGGAUAUCCAACAUCCAGCGACACCAAGGAGGACGCUACUACUGCAAGGCUGAGAACGGCUUGGGUUCGCCAGCCAUAAAGUCCAUAAGAGUGGAUGUGUACUAUUUGGACGAUCCAAUAGUAACGGUCCACCAGAGCAUCGGGGAAGCGAAAGAGCAGUUUUACUAUGAGAGAACGGUGUUUCUCCGGUGCGUCGCCAACUCCAAUCCGCCCGUUCGGUACAGCUGGCGACGCGGCCAGGAGGUGUUGCUGCAAGGGUCUGAUAAAGGAGUGGAGAUCUAUGAGCCCUUCUUUACCCAGGGAGAGACAAAGAUCCUGAAGCUGAAGAACCUCCGACCUCAGGACUACGCGAACUACAGCUGCAUUGCCUCGGUGAGGAAUGUCUGCAGCAUCCCGGACAAGAUGGUGUCCUUCCGACUCUCCAAUAAAACAGCAUCCCCUUCAAUUAAGCUUCUUGUGGAUGACCCGAUAGUGGUGAACCCUGGAGAAGCGAUCACCUUAGUCUGUGUGACGACAGGAGGGGAGCCAGCCCCCAGCCUGACGUGGGUGAGGUCUGCAGGCAUCCUGCCCGACAAGACGGUCCUGAACGGCGGCACUCUAACGAUACCGGCCAUCACGUCAGAGGAUGCCGGCACGUACAGUUGCAUCGCCAACAACAACGUUGGAAAUCCUGCAAAGAAGUCCACCAACAUCAUCGUGAGAGCCUUAAAAAAAGGUCGUUUUUGGAUCACCCCUGACCCGUACCACAAAGACGACAACAUCCAGAUUGGGCGAGAGGUGAAAAUCUCCUGCCAGGUGGAAGCCAUCCCUUCUGAAGAGCUUACGUUCAGCUGGUUUAAAAAUGGACGUCCCUUGCGAAGCUCUGAAAGGAUGGUCAUCACACAGACGGACCCCGAUGUUUCGCCUGGCACCACAAACCUGGACAUUAUUGACUUGAAAUUCACUGACUUUGGGACAUACACGUGUGUUGCGUCUCUGAAGGGAGGUGGCAUAUCAGAUAUCAGCAUUGAUGUCAACAUCUCCAGCAGUACAGUCCCACCCAAUUUGACUGUUCCUCAAGAGAAGUCACCCCUGGUCACCCGGGAAGGGGACACGAUCGAGCUGCAGUGCCAGGUGACGGGGAAGCCCAAGCCCAUCAUCCUCUGGUCCCGAGCAGACAAGGAGGUCGCGAUGCCAGACGGGGCGAUGCAGACGGAGAGCUACGACGGGAUCCUGAGGAUCGUGAACGUGUCCAGGGAGAUGACGGGAACCUACAGGUGCCAGACCAGCCAGUACAACGGGUUUAAUGUGAAACCCAGAGAAGCUUUGGUACAGCUCAUUGUGCAGUACCCCCCCGCCGUGGAGCCCACCUUCCUGGAGAUUCGGCAAGGCCAAGGUCGGAGCAUCACCAUGAGCUGCCGGGGGCUGAGGGCAUACCCCACGCGGCUGACGAAUUACCAGAGAGAUCCAUCCUUCGAAGAAGAAUCGGGGCUUAAGGCGUCUGGGUUGGAUUUUGGGGAGGUUGGCAAAGCCUACGCUCCCGAAUUCUACUACGACACCUACAACCCUCUGUGGCAGAACAGACCCCGCGUCUACUCCUACAGUCUCCAGUGGACCCAGAUGAACCCCGACGCCGUGGACCGCAUCCUUGCCUAUCGCCUGGGGAUUAGGCAGGCUGGACAACAGCGUUGGUGGGAACAGGAAAUUACAGUGAAUGGAAAUAUUCAAAAGGGAGAAUUAAUUACCUACAACCUAACUGAGCUGAUCAAGCCAGAGGCAUAUGAAGUCCGUCUAACGCCCAUCACCAGAUUUGGGGAGGGGGACUCAACUAUUCGGGUCAUCAAGUAUAGUG